GCUUGGUCGCUCGAGCGGUUGCAGGUCGUCAAUGGUGGACUGUUGAUGUCGCCGCGUCAUUAUUUGACAUUGUUUUUCGAGGCGCCGCCGUCGGUUGCAACCACACAUCUCGUCGCGUCGCACCGCAUCGCGUCGCAGUUAAAAGCAAAACAGCAGCAGCAGCAACAUCAGCAGCAAGCAGCGCAACAUUUGCAACAUCGAUUGCCAACCGUGAAUUGCUAUGCUAGAUUGUGAAAUAAAAUCGCAUACCAAUACAAACUGAUAUAUCCCGAUAUCCCGAAAAGGGGAACAAAUAAGAAAGUUUGCCUUAAACAAGAGUGAAAGAUGGAAAAAACCGAACUCAAUAAGAUUAAAGUGUGUGCAAAAUCAGUUAACAGCAGCAAAAGCAAAAGCAACAGCAGCAUCAUCAGCAGCAGCAAUAGAAGCAACAACAAAUGAGUGAAUUAUAGUGACAAAUGAAUAAAAGCGAAAAGUGACAGUGAAUAAUGUUGAGAGCGCCCACUCAGCACAUCGUGCAAAUCGGCUUCGGAACGAAGACGACCACAACAACCACAACAACAGCAGCAACAUCGACAGCUGCCUCAACACCAAGUGGCAAGCAGCAACAGCAGCGCAAAACGCUGUUGCAACGCUUCCGGCAGCAGCAACACAAGUUGCCAAAAGUCGCAGCAGAGAAGACACAUGACACAGAAUAUUAUUUCAAGCAGCAGCAGCAGCAACAGCAGCAUCAGCAAACUUCUUCCUAUCAGCAAGGCGACAAUUGUUUGUUGUUUCUUGCAACCGCGUUGAACUCAAACUCGGAGCAGUUGCUGAAGAAACCGAAGAAGAAAAAGGAAUCGAGUAGCUACAAUUUCGCAGCAGCUCUGAGGCGCAACAAGAAGCCAAAACAGCAGCAGCAACUGGCAACUUCCACGGACGACGACGACAGUUGCCGCAGCAUCAACAGCAUCAACAGCAACAGCAGCACCAGUGGCAGCAGCCACAGUUUGUCUAAUAGUUGCAUUAACAAUCAUAACAACACUCAUUAUACAAACAGUAAAAACAGCAGACACACCAGUAGCAACAACAACGACUACAGUGGUAAUUACAAUUGCAAAACAAGCGAACAACAAGCGUGGAAAGCCAGUGCAGCACAACAACUGCUCAUUAGCGAUCGGAAUUAUCCCAGCAGCAACAACACCAAAUACAACAUCACCAACAGCGGCAGCAGCAACAACAACCACAACCACAGUGGUGGCCACACCAUCAUGUCACCCACCUCGCAGGCGCCCACCCGAACCUCCCUCUUCGAUUCCUGUCAUCGAAAGAUCCGCCUGAUCGGCGGCGGUCCAGUUGCCUUCUUGGGCGGAUUGGUUGCCAAGGCCCGUCGCAAGGAACGCGAUGGCGAUCAAAAUUCAACAGACACCAAAUUGUAUUUGGAGGAAAGUGUCCUAGAACGUAAAUUACCUGAAGCUGAUCUCAAAGCCCUAGUGGAUCUUCCAGCUGGCUUGGACUACAAUGAAUGGCUAGCGUCACACACCCUCGCUCUAUUUGAGCACGUGAAUUUGGUCUAUGGAACUAUUAGUGAAUUUUGUACACAAUCCGGUUGCGCUGACAUGACCGGACCCGGCAACAGAACGUACUUAUGGUUCGACGAGAAGGGCAAGAAGACGCGCGUCGCAGCACCACAGUACAUCGACUAUGUGAUGACGUUCACACAGAAGACGGUCAGCGAUGAGUCGAUAUUCCCAACCAAAUACGCCAACGAGUUCCCCGGCUCGUUCGAGUCGAUUGCGCGGAAGAUACUACGCUUGCAAUUUCAUGUGAUAGCGCAUCUGUAUGCGGCGCAUUUCAGAGAAAUCGCGCUGCUCGGCUUGCACACCCAUCUAAAUCUGACGUUCGCGCACCUCACCGCUCUGCACCGGCGCUUCAAUCUGAUCGACGAGAAGGAGACGGACGUGCUGCGCGACCUUGAGGUGGCCCUGCGCCUCACCGACGACACCGGUGGAUGCCAGGAUGCUACCUCCACGACGUCGUCGGUCCAUGACCACUCCUCCGGCGAUCUCCACCAUCAGGCGCUGCAACAGCAGCAGCAGCACCAGCAGCAACACCAUAACAGCAGCAGCAACAGCACCUCAUCGGCGGAGGCGUUGCACGUCAAUUCACAAAGCAACAAUGGCAGCACAUCCGCCUCGGCAUCGGUGUCCCUAAUCGAUGGCGAUGCGGUGGCGCCGCCAAUUUGCACGCAACCCGAGGCGGGUGCGGGCUGCAAGCCAGCGGGCAGCAGCGGUUUGCUGGGCGGUAUACUGGGCGACCUGACCAGCGGCGAAUUUGGUGAUACAACGCGCUACUGCACCUCGGCAGUUCCUCAGGCGGCGGCAUCAGCGGCAGCGGGUGCGGGUGGGGUUGGGGUUGGGGCAGCGAUCGGUGCCACGGAUGCUGCCGCAUUGAACAACGGCGCGGGCGCACUACAUUUAAACUUUAGCAACAAUAAUAACAAUAAUCAUAAUCUGAAUCACCAUCACCACCAUCAUCACCACCAUGGCCACCAUGGCCACCAUCAUGCGGCCCAGCAGCAGCAGCAGCAGCACAGUGGACUCAUACAGUGCAAUGCGGCGGGCGGCGGAGGGAAUGCAACAGGGGUAGCCACUGGCGGAGCAACUGCAGCAGCGUCCUCGACCACCACGGCAUAGUGGGGUAGUAGCUACGAAGAGAGCGGCAGCGGCAGCGGCAGCAGCAACAGCAACAACAAAAAACAUUAGAAAUACUAGAUUUACGCAAAAAUGUUAUUUAAUGUUACUUCUAUGAUCCUAAAGUUGAAAAUAUUGUAAAAAUAAUAAAAAAAAAAACAAAAAAAAGAGAAAACAUUAAAAUGCAUAAACA